AUGCUUGCUUCUGGACAAGUUACAGAUAUAGUGACCUGUUUGAUUUUGCUGAAUGGUUUAGGCAAAACUGGUCAUAUUGAGGAGGCAUUGAAACUUUUUCAAGCAAUGCGAAACGGUGGGUUGGAACUUGAUAUUGUCCCAUAUAAUAUCCUAAUUGAUGGGUUGUGCAAAGCUGGGCAUAUCGAAUUUGCCAAGGAAUUAUUUCAUCAACUCUCAGACAAUAGUUUAAAACCGAAUGUUGUCACAUAUCGUAUAAUGAUUAAUGGACUGUGUAAAGAGGGAUUGGCAGAUGAAGCAUACAGGUUGUUUGGGAGCAUGGGAGAUAAUAACUGUUUGCCUAAUAGCUGCUGUUAUAAUGUAAUGAUUCGGGGGUUCCUUCGCAACAGCUAUACCUCGAAGGCAACACAACUUCUUACGGAAAUGCUUGUUGAUCUUGAUCUUAGCAACUUCUUGAUCUUUUUGGUGGUGAUGUUAAAGAAAUUAGGGGAAAACCAGUAUUGCUUGUGA